AUGGUGCGUCACACUGAGCGUAACCGUGACCUUGCUGUAAACACAGCCAACACAGUCUAUACCGAACAAGGAGGGAUCUGCGUUGUGCUACAUCCUGCACGACGUAACAUCGCUCAGAUGGGUGACCAGGAUCGCGGCAAAAGGCACAGUAUGGCUCUGGUGGGGUUGCACAGCGCGUUCUACUGGGACUACGCGACGUGGUUCGAGCAUAAUACGGAGUUGGUGAUCUAUCAUGCCUACUGUAGGGCGACGGAGUGCGUGACACUGACGGACGUCUGGGAUGGUACGAUGACGUGCGAUAGCGCGUAA